GCUAAUGCUGGUAUGCCUGCAACAAAUCAUCGAAGGGUUGCUUGCUCCUUUAGGGACCAACAUCUUUUUCAGAUAUUUCAAAUAUCUUUAACAUCAUUGGGUCAACUGAAGAAUGAUGGUAAACUGGUUGUCAAUCAAUUGCAAGAAUUGGCCCUUGCUCUUUCUUUGAAAUGUUUAUCAUUUGAUUUUGUGGGGACGUCUGUUGAUGAAAGUUCAGACGAGUUUGGCACAGUUCAG